AUGUCGCGCGCUCAGGUCCACCAAGAACCUAUUGUCAUGGUCAUUGACUUCCACCAUGCUAGGGGCCCCGAAAUCGAACUAUGCAUUGGACCUGAAGGAACCGACCCCGCGGCCGAAAAUGACUGGUCACUAUUGCCGUUCAUGGCGCUCUCCGACGGAGCGCAUAUGUCGACCGAGGAAUUCUCAUACUUCACCCUCCGCCGUAAAGGCACCGAGACCGAGCCCCCCACGUCACUUUUCGGUAUCGCUUGUUCGAGACAGAUUGACUCCAAGACCCUUAUCUAUAAAUCGCCCGAUGUGACGAGGUCGACGGUGCAGAAGGCGGUCGUUGUUGUUACGGAUACGCCGAAGAGCCUUGGACAGCUUAGGGAGAAGCUUUCUGUUGUUACGUCGGCUUGGUUUGCGCAGCGGGACUUUUCGGACCGUGAUAUCCUGAAGAAAUUCCGCGAAGGCCUAGUUAUAAGUCUGGAGAAGGGCGAGGGGGUUAAGGACCAAACUCUAGGACUUUCUUUGCGAGAGAUGAUCCAUGAGUUUAAAUACCAGACUCUUGUCCUAUUCAAAGCAUUGCUAUUGCAACCAAAGAUGCUUUUCUUCGGGUCAAGAUGCGAACGACUGUGCAUGAUCCAGUUUUCUCUCGUGUCUCUCAUUCCCGGCCUCAUGAACUACCUUCAAGACUCUGCCGAUCCGUCCUUUGACACCUAUGCGCAGACGGUUGAGAAACCGACCUCCCUCAAGACAAGUGACAGGAGCUCUUUGUUGGCAUAUAUGGGCCUCCCGUUGCAGAUUUUUGGAAAGGGAAGCAUGUUUGGACCGUACACACCUUUGCAGCAGCUGGAUCUGCUGGCGGACGACGGAACGAAAUCAUAUGUUGUUGGCUCUACAAAUUCCUUGCUUUUGCAGCAGAAAGACCGUUAUAGCGAUAUUUUAAUCAACCUCGACGAAGACACGAUCAACAUUACAUCACCAUCUUUACGAACUGCGCUGACCCUAUCUGUGGCAGAUCGGCGCUGGAUUGAUGCCAUCACCCAAAUCGUGAGCGAUACCUGGGAUGAAGCGCAUCCCCAGCAACCGAAGACGCACGGGUACAUGGGAUCUGAAGAGUUCAUUAGACUUCAAUUCGAAGAGUACCUUCUCGCAUUGCUCUCAUGCAUGAAGUAUCAUGAAGAACUCAACUCCUUCCUCGCGGAUGAACCGAGCCGCCGUAGUCGGGCGCAUUUGGAUUCCUACAAUAUCGACGGCAACCCUGCGUUGGAGUUCAACCAGGAGUUCCUCGCGCAAUGGAAAGGAACAUCCAACUAUGCCUUGUUUGAGCGUCUAACUUCUGACGCCCUUCUAUUCUCCGUCGCCGAACCUCGACACCCGUCUGCUGGCGGCCUGACGAUAGAUGAUGUCCAGAGACGAAUCUCCCAACAAGUCGCAGACCUCCAUCUCGACGAAAAAGUGCGUGAAGGCCGCGAAGCCCUCAACAGACACCUCUCCACAGGCCAAAAGAAAGUGUCCGCCGCAUUCAACAGCUUCUGGGCAGAUAUCGAAUCCAUGCGAGAAGCUCAGCGUAAGCGAAACGAAGAAAAGGCAAGCCAGUCACCGCGCCCAUCGCUGGACAGAUCUGCCUCGCUCCCGGUCUCACCGUCAGACUCCGCAUCAUCCACAGCCGGCUCCUCAUGGUUUCCCAACCGCAAAGCACCCGCCCCAGCCGUAGAUAUGACGCAGGCUCAAGCCUCCGUCAGUGUCGUCGGCCAGAAAGCAGGCGCGUACUUCAGCUCCUGGGGCUCAUGGGCAACUGAGAAGAAGAAGGAGUGGCAGGAAAAGAAGUCUACCUCGCCCUCCCCAACGGAGAGCGCUGCUGUGACAUCACCGUCUACUCCGACUUUGGCAAGCAUCACGGAGUCGAAUGAUAACACGGAAAAAGGCAGACGACUAUCAAUGCAGUCUCUUCGCAGCGAGGGCUCGAACACGUUAUCCCGUAGUGGAAGCAGAAGGAAGCGACUCAGUAACAUCUUCCUCAAGCGCGAUAGCCUUGACAUCAACGCUGCCAACCGCGACAAUGACGAUAACGAGACUGUCUACCCGAAAUCUCCUUUGUCGAGAGAGGCGCCUGGCUUGGGCGAUGACUAUGUCUCGGAACCUCCAGCGAAGCAGACUGAGAGCGAACAGAAGGCUGCCGCCACAAUACCUGAAGAAAAGGAGAAUACCGUCGAGUCUGCACCUAGUGACAACACAAAAGAAGAAGAACCCUCAGCAGCCGCCGCCAAACCCACCGAAACAACAUCAGCCGUUAAACCAGACACUGAAGCCGAAGUCUCACCCGAGAAACCGUCCGCACUGACUUCAACACCCGCAAACGAGUCGACAUCAUAA